AUGGCAAAUAGGGAGGUGAUAGAUUUGGAUGACAGUGAUGGUGAAGAUGAUAUCGAAGUGAUAUUUGAGAGAAGCAGAGAAGGCACUGGUGCGAGUCGGUCAAGUGAUGUUAGAAUCAACAAUGUGAUACCCGUUGAGAGAUAUUUGAACAAUAAUGAAAAUGAUGAUGAUGUCGAAAUAGUUGAGGAAAGAAUCAAUGUCCCUGAGGUACCCUCGACUCCAAGUUAUGUGAUACAUUCGCCCAAUGGCCCUAUACCUGUUUAUGAAAAUAGGGAAGGUUCAGGUUCAGCUGGUCCUGAAAGAAGAUCAUUCCAAAAUGCUAGGGGUCCAAUACCAACACAAAGCUAUAGAAACCCUCAAGAAGUAGCGGGCAGAGCUGAGCAAAUGAGAAGAGAAGAGCAAAUAAGAGCACAACAAGCCAGACAAGGAAGACCUCCUCCACCGCCAGUGCAACGUCCAAGACGUGCACCACCUGCUCAAAGACGUCCAGUUCGAGGCUAUCCUCCACUUCCGCCAACAAGACAGAUGAGAAACCGUCGUGGACCUGGAUCUUCGUUCUUAGAUAUGAUGUUACAGAUGGAUAAUUUCCCACUAGCUUUCAAUAGCAUAUUUUUCAACGAAGAAGAUGACGAUGAUGAUCCAAAUUUUUAUCCUGGAAUGGCAUUCCCUCAUCAUCACCAUCAUUUGCAUGAUGAUGGUGGAGUUGAUCAACAUAUUAUGAACAUUAUUGAACAAAGAGAAAACCAAGAAGCUGAUAAAAAAAGAAAUAUUAAUGAGAGUGCUACAAAGGCUUAUCACGACUAUUGUGAGGAGAAAAUAAAGAGCAUAAAGGCACCAUAUACUACAUUUUUAGAUCCCGAGGAAGAUUACGUCUGUAUAUUGUGUGGUGUAACGUUGGGUGAAGGUCUACCAGAAGAAUUUAGAGGGAACAUUAAGCAUGCAAAACUUGAAAAGCUUCAGGAAGAAAAUGAUGUGAUGGCACCGUAUCAGGCCUUAAACUUGAUCACUGAUGCUGAUCGUGAUCUAGCCAAGAGAAUCUUCAUGUCAACGUGUGGACAUACUUAUUGUGGACGUUGUGUUAAAAACAUAUCAGGUGUCAAAGCAAUCUUGAAGGAAAAGAAGAACAAAUUCAAAAAAACAGAUAAAGAUAUUGAUAAUCCAUUCAUUUAUGCUCCUUCUAAAUGUAUUGCACCUGGUUGUAAUAUCGGAUUGGUUGCAAAGAGGAGAUUUAAUGAGAUUUUUGUUUGA